AUGUCGACCAAACGAAGAUGCGCUUCUCCAUGCGCUACAGAGGAUGAAGACCCUGUCAAGCGCGCGAGACGCGAUACCGAUGGCACUGGCAGCGACAGCCAUAACAUGAGCCUUCAGCCGUACCAAUCCUGCGGUGAUGACCCAGUACAAGCGCCUUCGUACUUAGCUACCGCCGCUCACGUUGAGCCAAUAACAGCUGAGAAUAAUGUUGCAACUGACGAGGGGAGUACAGUGGCAGAGGGCCAAGAAGGCACUGAAGUGAAAGAUGGUACAGUCCAAUCCGAUGCAGUGUUGAGUGGGGCACUUGAGCUGAGCAAUGGUGUUGCUACAUCAUCAUUGGGGCUCUUGGUCGUCGCACCGGAUUUUCCAGUGCUCCAUGACUCGUGGGAGAGAUUUGAUGAAGCGUUGAAGGCCUAUGGAAAAGCCACGUACCAACUGUACGUGAUCCGCUCUACGACGUCAGUCAAGCGACGGAACCUCAAGAUUGCCGAGAGUGGAGCAAGAGAACACAUGGCGGCUACUUGUGAUGUUGAACCCGAGACAGAGUUGGGUACGCCGGUGGUCCAGGAUGUGCCUGACGUGGAAAAACCACAGGUUGUGGAGAAAACGUUGAUUCCAGAACGGUUUCUUUGGUACUCCAAGUCUCUCAAGUGUACGCACGGAUGGAAAGAUCGUCAUCGAGGCACUGGCAAACGAGGAUCUGGCGUGGUGCGCUCGACGAGCUGUUCGGCAAAGAUGUGUGUCACUCUGCAACAUCGAGGACCUGGACCCAACGACUGGAAAGUGGUUGUGACCAAACACAUGCAGACGCACAAUCACCAGCUGUCGAAAGAACUGUAUCUAUACUACACGGAGAAUCGACGUAUAUACGAUCCGGAUUUGCUGGCGGUUGUUGGAAAGACACCUGGAGCCACGCCAUCGUCAUAUGACAUGGUCACUGCACAUAUUGCAUCGUUGAUCGAGCAGACGAAUCAGCGCCCCGGGUCGUAUCGUGUACUCUUGUCCCACACCGAACAAAAGCAACGGCAUGCUUCGUUAAUGGCGUCAGACUCACCGACUCCAUUGUUUUCGUUCCCUAAUGAAAAUGCUUCUGAUGGUAGCGCAAGCAAGCAGCUCAUGGCGCUUUCGGAGACUGGCGCUGUUGAUCAACCACGCUUGCAAAUGCGGACUUCUCCGGUUGCCAUGGCGCCGCUAGGGGCGACGGUGUUGACACCUGGAACGGUCCCUUCGAUAGCGAUCGACGGAGGAGGAUUUUGCGUACCUCGAGUCUCGGUGAAGGUUCAUGCAUCCUGGAACGAUUUUCACGACUUCAUUGCUCAGUACUCUUUUGAUACCGCGCAAACUUUCCGUACACGGUCAACGGUAUCGGUAGCUGCCAGAAAUGCGAAAAUCUUGUCUUCUGAUGCCGCAAAAUCAGGGCGAGAUGAACAUGAUGUUGCAAGCUAUGCAAGCUACGCUACAACGUCCUCCUCCCUGCGCCUGAUCCCGAAGGAAUACAAGUGGUUCUCCAAACUGCUAAUUUGUACAUAUGGCUGGAAGCGAAAAGCACGAGACAAAAGGUCUCGCGGUUUGGUUGAUGAAAGCAAUGAUGCUGGUCCGUGCCCAGCUAUGUUACUCGCUCGCAUGGAGCGCAAUGUAGACGGCGACUGGCACAUCGCAAUCAAUCGUCAAGUGCAGAAGCACAAUCACCGAUUGAGUGGCUACAUUCAGAAGACUAGUGGAAGCAGCAGCGUGCCAGUUCAGUGUGCCAAAAAUGAUGCUGCUGAACCAUUUGCAACUGCGCCACUGAUGAACUCGAGUUCUGCCCAACGAAGUUCGAGCACAAAUAGCUCAUCUUUGCUUCAGGCGCAAGCGAUGGCCAAGCUUGGUGUCGGCCAUCCACCACUGCGGCCACAAAACCACCGUGAAAUUGUUGUUCGCGUUCCCAAACUCCAGUCCAUCUUUACAUCCUGGGAUGAAUUUCACGCGAGUCUGAAAGCCUAUUCUGAUGCUACGUACCAGCUUUAUCGCACCAGGACGACUAGCUCAGCGAAGGGAAGGAACAAGAAGAUUGCUCGAUCGACUUGUGGUAGUGGAGACGAUGGAAAAGGCAAGAAGUACGACAACGAAAGUGACUCUGACGUCACACUGAAUGGAAGUGUCAUUGCGCGCAAGAUCCCUGAAUCGUGGAGAUGGUAUUCGAAAACACUCACGUGCACACAUGGCUGGAAGGAGCGGCACCGUGGAACAGGGAAGCGCUCUGCGCAUGGCGUGCGCUCCACAGCGUGUCCCGUAAAGAUAUGCGCGACUGUGCAAUAUAUGAAUCCGUCCGCGAGAAUCCAUGUCGAGAGUAUCUCCGAUUCGGUUGACGCUAGCGACUUGGUGACUUCUGAUUGUCACUGGCGAGUUGUGGUAACGAAGCAUGUCGUCGACCACAACCACAAUUUAUCGCGCGAGCUGUAUCAACAUUACUGUGAGAACCGUCGGAUCUACGACCCAGAACUUCUUGCAAUCGACACGUCCAAUACCAACAUGGAGGUCGAUAGUAUGGUCUAUCAGGGAAGUGCCACCGCAGCUUCCGAUACUCUGAAGCCCUGCAUCAUUGAUAGUCAAACAUGCUAUCGGCCUCAGGCGCUUUCAACAGACGCAGGGCUAGCAGAAGACGUGGAUCAUGCCCAGGUGUUUGGACCUUCUGCCAGUAGCAAUGCGGUCGACGUUGAAGCUGAUGAAGCAGCCACUACACAUCCAUCUGUGCCGGAAUCGCUAUAUUCUGUUGAUGCGGGACAGCAUUUCGUGGCGCCAGGUGGGCUGCUGUCGUACAGCUCUACAACCUCCUACCUGUCGGUCCAAACUGACGGCCAGGAGAGCCAGCAACUUCAGCGAAGUGACCAUCAAGAGCAUGCCCUGGCAGCAUUUGGCGGCAACGCUGCUGGAGGUCCAGCAGUUCGAGGGCACGCAAGCGGCGAAAGUGCAGCCUUGGUCAAUGCGGUAUCGCAAAACACAAAGUCUUUUGACCACGGCAUGCUCGACAAUACAGGAAUGGCAAUGACGUGUGCGAUGCCUCCGUCGUGCUCAAACGUGAUCGCGAGUAAUAUCCACGGAUCAUUGGCCAGAGCUAACUUGGAACGGUGUCGUAACCCGGUCAAGAUGAUGUCAGAGUCUCGCGAAGUCGAAUCUUCCACCCUUCCGGCGUCGCAGCGGACAUGCUUCCCGGUUGCCGGUGGCGACACCUACUCAACAAUCGCUCCUGCCGGGGCGCCAUUGAACCCGAGUGAGGCUUGUUUCGACGACGAAAAUGCGGCACUGUUGUAUGCUGAAGACAUGGAAGGAGUGUGGCAGCCUUCCUCACAUGUUGAGAUCGCAAAGGUGACUCUACAGGACGGGGAAGCGAUGUGGCGUGUGCCGCGCAUCGUGCAGCGAUAUCCUUCCUGGGACGCGUUUCACAACUACCUGGACGCGUAUUCGGCUGCAACAUUCCAGCUUUACCGCGUCCGUACGACUUAUUCGGUGCGCUCGCGCAACACGCGCCUCCGUCAAUUGGCAGCAAGCCGGGGACUAGUCGUUCGCAGCAGUGACAGCAAUGACAGCGCAAGCUUCUCAGCGGAGUCGGAGCAAGCAGGUGUUUCCGGGCUAUCUCGUGCCCACUUGGUACCUGAACGGUAUGAGUGGUAUUCAAAAACGUUUUUAUGCACGCACGGCUGGAAGCGCCGCAGUCGUGGCAGUGGUCAGCGUCGAAGCCACACCGUUCGGGCAGCCGAGUGCCCUGUUAAGGUAUGUGCAACACUGCAGCGCACUGAGGGCUCGAAUACUUGGAACGUCGUUGUCACGAAGCACUUGACAGAGCACAACCAUAACCUUUCCGAAGCGCUAUACCUGCAGUAUUCGGACGUACGUCGUGUGCGUGAUCCUGAAGUACUUGCCCAAGCAGAACAGCUUUGGCGAGGUGGUGCUGCACGCCGUCGAGUGUUUGAGCUUCUCAAGGAGCAAUCGCCGAAUCAAGUUAUUCUCAUGAAAGACGUGCACAACCUCGUGCAGCGGUGGCAGUCACAAGAGCGUCGCGCAGGACAAGGCGAGCAACGGGGUGAUUGUAACGACCAAGUCAGCGACAGUCGAGUGUGA